GAAGUAAUCCAACAACCCAUUCCAUCCCAUCCCAUCAGUGCCUGUUGUUGUUAUCCAGAGAGCAGCUUGAUGAUGCAAGUUGGUUGUCUGCAUCCCACACAGCCCGUGGCCUGCCUGCGUGAUCCUCCUCCUGACACCAUCACUCUCACUCUCACUCUCAGAGGAGGCCCCCCGCCAUGAGCAGCAGCAGAGCCGCGCUGCUCCGUAGACUAGUAACCCAUCGCCACCGCAGCAUCGUCAGCGUCUGCGACGGCAUCGGAUCACCCCAGCCCCAGCUGAUCCGCCACCAUUAUUCUAAUCCCCACCGGGGUUAUUCUAAUCCCACCCCCGAUCUCGCCGGGGCGCGCGCGUUUACUUCUUUGCCCUCCACGCCAUGGCCAUGCCGCCCGCGCGCGUCCCUGUCGUCGCUGUCCUUCUCCAGCCUGGUUGGAAGGGGCGGGGAUCAGGAGGAGGAGGCGGAGGUGCUGGACAUGGACGCCGGCACGGUGCGCUGCGCGGCCAACUACGCGCCGCUGACGCCGCUCAGCUUCAUCGAGCGCGCCGCGGCGGUGUACGGCGACCGCGCCGCCGUGGUGUACGGGGAGGCCCGGCGGCGCACGUGGAGGGAGGUGCGGGAGCGCUGCGUCCGCGUGGCCGCCGCCCUCGCCACACGCUUCGGCGUCGCCCGCGGUGACGUGGUGGCUGUCCUCAGCCCCAACGUGCCGGCGAUGUACGAGCUGCACUUCGCCGUGCCCAUGGCCGGUGCCGUCCUCUGCACGUUCAACACGCGCCACGACGCGCCCAUGGUGUCCGCCCUGCUCAAGCACUCCGGUGCCAAGGUGUUCCUCGUCGAGUCCAGCCUCCUCGACGUCGGCAGAGCCGCCCUCAAGCGCCUCGCCGACUCCGAGUCCAACGCCGCCAGCAUUCCGGUCCUCGUAACCAUCUCGGACGACGCCGGCCCCGGCGAAGCUUCCGGCUGCGCGGCGGACUACGAGGGUCUCAUCAAGAGCGCUCCAUCUGAGUUUGACAUCCGGUGGCCGGCGAACGAGCUGGACCCGAUCACGCUCAACUACACGUCCGGCACGACGUCGCGGCCCAAGGGCGUGGUGUACAACCACCGGGGCGCCUACCUCAACACCAUCGGCACCGUCCUCGCCUACGACAUCACCCCGAUGCCGACCUACCUGUGGACGGUGCCCAUGUUCCACUGCAACGGCUGGCACCUGCCGUGGGGCGUGGCCAUGCAGGGCGGCACCAACGUCUGCCUCCGCCACUUCACCGCCGCCGUCAUCUUCGACAGCAUCGCGCGCCACGGGGUGACGCACAUGGGCGGCGCGCCCACGGUGCUCAACAUGAUCCUCAACGCUCCCACCGCGGACCGGAAGCCGCUGCCGGGCACGGUGCGCGUCAUGACGGGCGGCGCGCCGCCGCCGCCCCGCGUGCUCGCCGGGAUGGAGGAGCUCGGCUUCGCUGUGUACCACAUCUACGGCCUCACGGAGACGUACGGCCCCGCCACCGUGUGCGCGUGGAUGCCGGAGUGGGACGCGCUGCCGGCCGAGGAGCGCGCGCGGCUCAAGGCGCGGCAGGGGUUCCAGCACGUCGCGAUGGAGGAGGUCGACGUCAAGGACCCGGCGACCAUGGAGAGCGUGCCGCGCGACGGCGAGGCGGUGGGCGAGGUGAUGUUCCGCGGCAACACCGUCAUGAGCGGGUACUACAAAGACAUCAGCGCGACCAAGGAGUCCAUGGCCGGCGGGUGGCUGCACACCGGCGACCUCGCCGUGCGGCACCCCGACGGGUACAUCCAGCUCAAGGACCGGGCCAAGGACAUCAUCAUAUCGGGCGGCGAGAACAUCAGCUCCAUCGAGGUGGAGUCGGUGAUCUUCAGCCACCCGGCGGUGCUGGAGGCGGCGGUCGUGGCGAGGCCCGACAACCACUGGGGGGAGACGCCAUGCGCAUUCGUGAAGCUGAAGGACGGCGCCGGCGCCACGGAGGCAGAGAUCAUGGGCUUCUGCCGGCAGAGGCUGCCGCACUACAUGGCGCCCAAGACGGUGGUGUUCGAGGAGGAUCUGCCCAAGACCUCGACGGGGAAGACGCAGAAGUUUGUCCUCCGGGAGAAGGCCCGGGCCAUGGGCAGCCUGACCAAGACCGGAAGCAGCAGCAAACUGUAACAUUUGUUUGAAAAUGAUGUGACAUGUUCAUUAAAAUCGAAGCCAUUCGGUUGUUAA